GGAGUGGAGCUGCACAUGCGGCUGCUCCCUGUUCCGUCCCGCCCAGCCACCGUCGCGCAGGCACGGGUCCCUGCAGCCCCCAGCCGAUGGCAGGACAGUAGUCGCCUGUCAGGGGUUGUGAACGGCAGAGGCAGACGCAGCGGCUCCCGGGCCUCAGAGAGUGGGUGUCUCCGGAGGCCAUGGGCUACCCUGAGGUAGAGCGCAGGGAACCCCUGCCUGCGGCAGCGCCACGGGAGCGGGGGAACCCAGGCUGCGGCUGUCGCGGGGCCCCUGCCCGGGCGGGCGAAGGAAACAGCUGCCGGCUCUUCCUGGGUUUCUUUGGCCUCUCGCUGGCCCUCCACCUGCUGACGUUGUGCUGCUACCUAGAGUUGCGGUCAGAGUUGCGGCGGGAACGGGGAGCUGAGUCCCGCCUUGGUGGCCCGGGCACCUCUGGCACCCUGAGCAGCCCCGGUGGCCUGGAUCCUGAUGGUCCCAUCACCCGCCACUUUGGGCACCCGUCACCUCAACAGCAGCCGUUGGAACCGGGAGAAACCACACUUGCCCCUGACUCCCAGGACCGGCACCAGGUGAGUCACCUAGUAGGGGCGGCGGUGACGGUGGAGGCCCCCUUCCCUGGUGAGUAGGGCGGGGGCCCUCCACCACAAGGCCCGGAGGGUACUCUGCCACUUGGAACCAAGUUAGAGGGCAGGACCAGGGAGGGGGCAGACGAGCCGGAGAGAGGUUGUCCAGGGCAGGUUGUCUGUCCUGGGUCGCUGGCUCAGCUCGCUCAGACUCUCUCAGGUCCCCUUGACUUGGAAACUCUAGCCUGCGCCCGCCGCCCGGGGCUAUGUGCUGCCUUGGGCAAAGUUGGCGACGCUCCCGCCCGGGCUCGGCGAGGAGGUGCCCGCGCUGCCCCCCUAGCCGACUAACGGCGAGCAGCUUGGCCCUUCUGCUCUUGCUGAGAUUCUCUGCCCGCGGUGCUUGUUUUUUCGCGUCCAGAGUUGAUGCCAGCACUAGCAAACUCUUCUUUGGAGUUGGAGUUGUAAACAGCUGAAAUAACUGCUCCAAGCCCGUUGAAACAACUUUUAACCACACUUUCAGCGCGGGGUCCUUGUGCGCUGACCAGAACGUGGGCUUGUUCACACUUACCUGCAAUUUGAGACUGAUUGUCCUCGGCGUUCUAGUGAGGAUCAGCGCCCCUGAGGAAUUCUGGUAGAAAUAUGCCGUCUUGCUAGACAACUUCUGAACAGCAGUUUAAAAAAUCUAUGGAAAUAAAACUCACCCUUUGCAUGCCGGUUCUGACUUAUUUUUUAUUAUUUGAAUGGGGGUGUUGCGUUUUGGAAGGUGGGAGGGAAGCGCUUUCGUUACUGCUAGCUUAAAAACAGGAAUCUACCAAUGGAACUCAGGAGUAGUCUCCCAAGUGCAGGUUGUUUUUUUUUUUUUUUUUUUUUUUCAAUUUUUAUGGUGUUUGUGCCUCUGUUAGCAUACCAUUAACUUUGGUGUUUCGUUUCUGCUUUCUCUUAGCUCUUUAUUCAAGUAAAUUUAGUGCAGUUAAUAUAAGUAUUAUCUUGAUUGCCAUAUUUUGUCUUACAUGUGAAACUUAGAAGAAGCAUCCAGUGAUCCUUUGGAGCUGGUUAAAGGAAAAUAGUGAAUUUGUACUUCUUGGAGAAGAGUGCAAGUUGUGCAAAUAAGUUCCUCAAGUUGAGGGACCUCAGCCUUCUAUACCUACUACUAUAUCCAGAAUCAUUGUCACAAUUCUUAAACCUUAUUUGUGCUACUUUGUCUUUCCAUCCAAAGUUGUAUGAUUGAUAGUGGCAUCACAUUCAUGAUACUUACUGUGAUGUUGGGACUGUCAUUUUUCUUUUUUACAAUGUGCCUUGUAAACUUGCCCUGAGCCUUAAAAUGUCUUGCUAGCACACUCCAACUUAUAUAACAGCUUAUCAAAAAAAGAAUCAGCAGACAUGCUUCUCAUACUUGAAACUUUAAACACUGUAGGUAAAUGAUAAUUAGCCAGGAUUCUGGUUCCUUUAUUUACCCCUUUCUCCAUGCCCAAUAGAAAUACUUAGCAGCUGAACAUUGAUAUUCUGGGAAAAGAUGAAGGAAUUCAUCUUUCUUAGUCAAAUGGUGGCCAAGACUUUUUGGCAUUCAGGAUGGAUAGAGCCAUGUUUAUAGACUGAGGAUUAGUAGACAGCUGUACUCUAGGGCUUCUGUGAUGGCAUGAGACUCUCACAGGUUUGCAAUGAUAUUUUAGUUGCCUGCCAUUUGGGUAGCACUAAAAUAAUUUUGUCUAGGUUUAAAACAAAACUUUCUGUCUUGUGUCCUUUACUGUUUUCAUCUUUCUGAACAGUAGAAGCAAGGAUACUGGCUCUCUAGGUUUGUUGACAUCAAUUUUGAAUUGGAGGUUCUUAAGAGUUGUAAGGGGCCACCUAAGUCUAUUUUAUUUGAUUCCCUUGAAGAACAUAGGCUCUAAGAGGAAAGUGACUUGCGUGAGAUCACAUAGAGUCAAAACUAGGAUGGAGUCGCUCUCCUAAUUUGCAGUUUAGUGCCCAUUCCCAUGUAGCAUUCUACAUACUGAGCCAUUUUUUUUGGCAAAGAGAGGGAAUAGGGUGGAGCUCCAUAGUAGAAUUUUUACAAAGCAGAGGGCACAGAUUUGUGUCAUUUUGCUUUACUCUACCUACAUUUUGACCAGACUAAGUUUAACCCUGUAGUCCUUAUUCAUCCUAAUCUUCACUUUUAGGAGACUUAAGAGUAUACUCUGGAAGGAUUCCAGCUCAGAUCCAAUUUCAGUGUCUUUAGAGGAUAUUGGUUUUAGUAUAUGAUAAAUAAAUGCAUGAAUAAAUAAAUAAAGGAAAAGUUGAUGAGUAUUAAAUUAGUACUACUACAUCCUGGGUAAAAGUUCUAGUGCCCUGGUGCACCCUCUGCUGGCUUUGCAGGGACAUUUAAUUGCAGUAUCUGCUGACAGUCAAAAUUCUAAGUUGUGCUGACAGAUUCUGAUUCAUAAAUAAGGAAGUAAACAGCCUUGUGGGAUUUGGCCACGUAGGUCAUAUUUUUAUAUUUUAGUUUUUCAACCCAAACAGCUGCUAUUACAGCAACUCUUGGAUAGAGAGGAAGAAAGAUAAAACUAUGCACCCUCCAAUGGGCAAUGUAUUCAGGUUUCUCACCAGUUUAUCUGCAAGGAAUGAAGGCAAGCUGACAAGAAUAAAUGGCAGGAAUAUCUCACAAGAUCUAGUGAGCAGAACAGUCUGAGGGACUUCACUGCAUAAGGUCAUUGCAGUUAGGCAAAAGUAAACCUAUCCAUGCUUAGGAGAUGAUGGGCUCUAGACUCUCAGUUAUGACUCAAAAAAUGGAUCAUAGAAACCACUGUAAAUGUCAUAACUUGAUUUAAAAGCUUUUAAAACUAGAUACAGAAGGAAGUCAGUGCAGUGAGGAUAUAAAGUAGCGAGACCAACAAAGUUUCUCCAAGGAAAAUAUUAAGAAAGUCUUCUAAGUAAGGGUAUGGUUACUGAUGAUAAAAAGUGAGAGAGUCACCUCAGACUUUUUGGAAUCAUAAUUGUCUCCUGUGGCUGGAGCAGCUGAGUAGCUAUAGAUUUAUUUGGAUACUUGGUGGAGGUAAUCUUAAGGGCUAGAGACAUCUUAUUAGUAUCUGAAUCAGAUAAUAAACAAUAUAAAAAUAAAAUAAUAAUCACUGGCUCAUUCUACAGAGUAGUUGGUCCAGUUGUGAUUGUGCUACUCAGGGGUCAAGAAUGUAGUGGGCAGCCUCAGAAAGUGAGUCAACAACAACAAAACACAACCCUUAUCUUUUCCAUGUAAAAGAUCAAAAGUGAAUUUUCACCUAUAACCAGACAGAAAAGUUUGGUGGCUAUUCCUCAAGAAAAACCUAACAGCUGAUAAAAGUCCCCAGAAACCAAAUUAAGUUGAUCAAAAAGAUGGAGGUGUAUCCUAGUUGUUGUUUUUCGUCUGGAGAGAGAAAUGAUCAAAGUCUUCCAAAUCAAGUGAGAGAUGAGUAUGGUUAACAUGUUGGUGUAAUUUAAUAAUCCAAUUCAGUAAAUAGAAAGUCUGAUAUGCCAGAUACAAAAUUAGUAUUAGAUAUCUUUUAAUGCCAGGAAAUGAUUUUAGGAGAGAGAUAAUUAAAGGUAGUAUCUCAUUCAACUCAUUGCCCCAAGUGAUAGUCUAAACUAUGGUUAAAACAAUAAGAACUUAUUCAGUACUUUAUUCAGUACUUAUUCAGUAUUUGAGAUUUGUUUCCUAAUUACCUGAGGUGAUGUCAUAAAAGUCAACCUUAACUUUCUACAAAACAUUUGUUGGUAUAACUAGAUAAACCAUUAGUAUAUCCAGAUUUGAUAUACUAUGUUAAGGCUGAUUGAUCACGAAAAUAACUAGGUGUGCCAGGCAUGGUGGCAUGCUCCUAUAAUCCCAAUAACUCGGGAGGCUGAGUCAGGAGGAUCACAAAUUUUCAGCCAGACUUAGCAAUUUAGUAAGACCCUCAGUAACUUAGACCUUAUCCCAGAAUAAAAAAAGAAGGCUGGGGAUGUAGCUCAGUAUUUAAGUGCUCCUGCAUUCAAUCCCUAGUACAAAAAGCAAAACAAAUAAAAACAAACAAAAGAAAAAGAAAUUAAGUAGGUGAUUCAAGGUGAACAUAAUGAAUGAGCCCACAAAUUAUUUUAGAGAUGUGUGAUCCACAUGAAGUGGUUUUCUAUGGGUUUAACUCCAGAGUUUUCAGUGUGACAUUCAAGGUUCUUGAUCAGCUGGCUUCAUUAUACCCAUAUUAUUUUCUGAUUCUCUAACUUUAUUUACUCCUGUAAGCCAUUUGCUAUAUUCUAUCUUGGGAUCAUUCUCUGUUGUUAUUGCUAUUGUUUUUAAUAAAAAAUGUGUCUUUACAUUGGAACUCCUCAGAAAUCUAUCUUCUUUUUUUGUCUUUUUCCACAAUGCCUUUUCAGUGCUAGUUACAGUUUGGACAUUCAAAUACUUGUUAAGUUGAAUAUUAUUUUGGAACUUUGGGGAUGUUUAUGUAAAACAAAGACAUUUUCUUUUUAUAAAAUAGGCCUCUUUUCCUCAGGUCUUGCUAAGCCUAUGAACUGUCAGCUAUGCUUAGGUGAGUAAGUAGUUCCAAUGGUAAUGUUUCACUGGUUUCUAAAAUAGUUAGAAAGUGAAAUAGAGAAGAGCCCCAACCAUGUGUUCAUUUCCCAUUUUCACACCUUCCUCUAAGGUGGUGCAAAAAGCUUUCUGUAAUAUAUUGUUUGAUGUUUUAUUUGCUCUUAGGUCUCAUUUCUUUCUCUUUUUCUCUUAGAUCUUGUGAAAAAUGAUCUAUAAUUUAUCUGUAACUACCUAUGGAGAAAAUCUCUUUAUACUACAGAACUUCUGAAGUCACUUAAUUCCCAAGAAUAUUACCAAGAGAAACCAAUUGCUUUGCCUACAGGGCAACCCUCCUAGAGGACUGUCUUUAUCUGACUCCUCUAUAAAUUCCUAGCACUUAGCUCUUCAUUUAUUUUCCUUUGCAAGUUCAAAACCUUUCCUUUUAUUUACUUUUGUAUUGAAGUAUAACAUACAUACAGAAAAGUGCACACAUCAUAAUUGUAGAGAUUGAUGAAUUAUUACACGGUGAACAUGGUGUUACUGAUACAGAUCAAGAAAUAGAAUAUUAGUAGCAUCCUAUAAUCUCUCAUUUUUCCCAUACCUAUCCCAGUAUUAUCCUCACUUUCCAAAGUUAAUGAUUAUUCUGACUUCUAACAUCAUAGUCUUAUCCAUUUUGAACUUUAUAUAAAUGAAAUCAAACAUUAUGUAUUCUUCUGGCUCUAACAUUUUUUGAUCAACACUAAAUUUGUGAUAUCCAUUCAUGUAGCAUACAGCUGUAGUUUUUAAUUUGUAUUUUUAUACAUUUAUAUUUUCCCUUGUUUGAAUUUAUCAUAGUUUAUAUAUUCCUUAAUAAUGAGUAUAUGGAUUGAUUCCAGUUUGAAAUUGUAAAUAAUGUUGUCAUGAAUAUUAUUGUACUUGCUCUUUGGUUACAUGUAUUUGAAUUUUUGUUGGGUAUAUACCUAGGAUGAGGAUUGUGGGAUCAUAGGGAAUGCAUAUUUUUGACAUUAUUGAUAACUAGAAUCUUUCUAAAGGCUUGACAAUGUAUAGUUUCUUCAGCAAUGUAUAAGAAUUCCUAUUGUUCUACAUCUUUAUUUACACUUGGUAUUAUUGUUCCUUUUAAUCAUAGCCAUUCUGGUAGGUGGAUUUGUAGUAAUAUCUCGUGAUUUUAAUUGACAUUUCUCAGCAGUCUACUGAGGUUGUGCUCUUUUUCAUAUUUUUGUUAUUCCUUUGAAUAUGUUCUAUGAAGUGUGUGUAUAAUUUUUUUGCUUGUUUUUCUGUCAAGUUGUCUGCCCAUUUCUUAUAGAUAGUUUCUUAUAGAUUUGUAGGAAUUCUUUAUAUGGCCUGGCUAUGAACCAUUUUUGUAUUUUUUAUGUUGCCAAACCAUUCCCAAAUCUGUGGCUUAUCUUUCUUUGUGGUAUACUUUGAUGAACGAAAGUCUUUAAUUUUAAUUGUCAAUGUUUUUCAUUAUUUUUUUUGUGGUUAGGGUUUGUUGUUGUUGUUUUAUUUAAGAAAUAUAUUUCUAACUUGAUAUCAUGUAUACAUAGUCAGUCUCCUGUAUUAUCCUCUAGAAGCUUUAUCCUCCUUUUGCCACUCAAAUUCAGAGCUACAAUCCACCUAGGACCAAUAUUUGUGUAUGAUGAGACAUAGAAAUCAAGCUCCACUUCUUUCCAUAUAAAUAAGGAUUUUUCUCUACUUCUCUACAUUUUCACCUUUGUUAUAAUUAAAGUGUCUGCAUACAUGCAAGGUGGUUUUACAAAGAUUUGUUGUCUUCUGUUGGUCAUUAAUCCAGUUUAUGUCACUAUAAUAAAAUAACUGAGGUUGGAUUUUUUUAAAUAUUUAUUUUUUAGUUUUAGUUGGACAUCAUACCUUUAUUUUAUUUAUUUAUUUUUAUGUGGUGCUGAGGAUCAAACCCAGGGCCUUGCAUGUGCUAGGCGAGUACUCUACCACUGAGCCACACCCCCAGCCCAACGCUGGAUUUUUUUGAAUAAAUAAAAGAAAAAAUAAAUUUUGAAUAAAUAAAGAAAAGAGGUUUAUUUAGCUCACAGUCUUGUAAAUUCAAGAGCAUUGUACCAGCAUCUGCUUGGCUCUGGUGGAGGCCCCUUGGACGAGUCAUAACAUGGCAGAGAAGUGGAAAGGGAAAUAAUCAUGUGCAGAAGAGGGCAAAUUUGCAUGAGGUUGCAUCACUGCAUAAUAAACUACUCUGGUGAGAACUAACUCAGUAUUCAAGAAAAACAAUAAUCCCUCCUGAAAGCAGCACCAACAAUGACCUAAUUCACACUAGGUCUCAACUGUUAAAGAUUCCACCAUCUCAAUACUGCCACAGUGCAUAUAAAGUCUCCAGUAUAUAAAACCUUAAGGGACAAACAGCAGCACACAAAUACCACAGUCUUUAUCACUGGAUGCUAUAAUAAACUCUUGAUAUUUGGAAAAGCAAGUUCAUUCACCUUGUUUCCUUUCUUUAAAAGUAUUUUGAAGGGGUUGGGGUUAUAGCUCAGCAGUAGAGCACUUGCCUCACACAUGUGAGGUACUGGGUUUGAUCCUCAGCGCCACAUAAAAAUAAAUAAACAAACAAAAUAAAGAUAUUGUGUUCAUCUUUAAAAAAAUCUUUAAAAAUAUAUUGAAAAGCUGGGCAUGGUGGUGCAUGCCUAUAAUCCCAGUAGCUCAAGAGGCUGAGUCAGGAGGAUUUGCAAGUUCAAAACCAGCCUCAGUAAAAGCUAGGCAUUAAGCAACUCAGUGAGACCCUGUGUCUAAAUAAAAUAUAAAAUAGGGCUGGGGAUGUGGCUCAGUGGCCAAGUGCCCCUGAGUACAAUUCCUGGUCGCCCCCCCCAAAUAUAUUGAAUAUUCUUGACCCUUGGCCCUUUGCAUUUCCAUGGGUAUUGUAGAAUCAGCUUGUCAGCAUGUCCCAUACACAAACACAAAAAAUAAACCUGUUGGGAUUUUUGUAGCUUUUCUUUAUUUUUUCUUGAUAAUACUUUUUUAAAUUUACAUUUCUGUAGAGGUUAGAUAUCUACUUAUUCUAAGUUUGUAUAUACUUAUUCUAAGUUUUUUGUUUAUUUUUAUGCCAUUAUAGAUGUUAUCUAUGGUGGAUAUUGUGAUCCACAAUUCAAAUCCUAUUUUAAGAAUUAAGGACUCAUUCCCUCAAUUGUUGAAGUCCAAUCUCAGUAAAGAGUGCUCUUUUGAGUAUUCUUUGGUUGAGGAAAACUGUUUCACCCAAGGAGAAGCCUCUUCCAGGGCAAUUUGCAUUUAAUGACAAAGUAAUGUUCAUAUAAAUUCCUUUCCCUUUCUGUCAAAUUGGGAAAUCUUCAGAGGGCCAUAUCUAGUCAAGAACUAUGAAGUUGGCUAUGGCUUUUUGGGGACUAAUAUUUUCCCUUUAAUUGCAAUGUGUUAAUCCCAUAAACUCUUCCUAAUAAAAGCCCUAUGUGGUAUUCUAUGUCUUUCAUUCUGCUUCAUAGAAAACUCAACCUGGGGGGGAUAUAUAAUUUUAAUCUAAUUUUUAAUUGAUUAUUUCUGAUGUUUAGAAAUCUAGUUUAUAUAAAAAUUUAUAUAAAAUUUAUUUUUAUAUAUUGACUUUGUAUACAGAGACUUGAUGAAUUCUUUUAUUACUCUUAUAUCUGUAUGUUCUUUUGAAUUUUCCAAAAUACUAUCAAAUGGCUUGUGAAAAAAUGAUAAUUAAAAAAAUUAUUUUUUUCCUUUCCAAAUUAUAUAUUUUAAGAAAUUCAUUUCUUACCUUAUUUUAGUGGCUUUCUUACCUUAUUGAACUAUUGGAAUAAUGGUAAAUAGAUGUAGGAUAGCAAAGCUGGGUGCAGUGGCACACACCUGAAAUCCCAGCGCAUGGGGAGGCUGAGGCAAAAGGAUCUCAAGUUCAAGAAUAGCUUCAGCAACUUAGUGAGACUGUCUCAAAAUUAAAAAAAAAAAUCAGGGCUGUGGAUGUAGCACAGUGGUAGCAGGCCCGUGGGUUCAAUCCUCUGUACCCUUUUAAAAAAGUAGUGAUAUCGGGAUGCUGGGGUUGUGGCUUAGCAGUAGAGUGCUCGCCUAGUACAUGUGAGGCCCUGGGUUCGAUCCUCAGUACCACGUAUAAAUAAAUAAAAUAAAGGUAUAAAAAAUUUUUAAAAAAGUAGUGAUAUCAAGGCUUCCUUUUUCUCUUUUCAGUUUUGGAGAGAAAUCUUUUAACAUUUCACUGUUACUUAAUGAUUCUUGUAGUUUUAUUGUUCUUAUUAGUUAUUUUAAGGUAACCUUUAUCAAUUUAAAAAGUUCUCUUCUGACCCUAGCUUACUAAGAGUUUUGCUUUAUUCAUGAUCUCCUGUAUCAUUGUAAAAUCAUGGUUUUCUUGCAUGUAUUGAGAUAACCAUAUGAUUUUUCUCCUUUAAUGUAUUAAUGUGGUAUUAAACUUGCACCCUAGGAAAAACCCUAUUUAUUCCUAAUGUCUUAUUCAGUUUAUAUAUGGCUGAAUUUGUUUUGCUAACAUUUUGCACACUCUUGGUGGGAAUAUAAAUUAGUACAGUCAUCAUAUGAUCCAACAAUUCUACUACUGGGUAUAUAUCCAAAAGAAAUGAAAUUUAGGAUCCUUGCAUCUAUAUUUAUGAGUAAGUUUAGUAUACAAUUUUCUUUUAUUAUCAGGUUUGGAUAUCAAGGUUAUGCUGUCCUUACAGUAGCUAAAAAUGUUUGUUUUUAAUGUUUUGACUAUAAAAGCUUAUGUAAUUUUGAUAAUGUUUCUUCCUUAAAUGUUUGGUAGAAGUAGUGAAGUCAUUUUGCCCUGGGGAGGGAUUAAAUACUAUAUUUGAUAUCUCACUAGAUUCAGGAAUUUAAGACAUAUAUGCCAAAGAAUACUUAGAACUAAAUUUAACUAAGGGGAUGAUAGACCUGUACACUGGAAACUCAUAAAACAUUGAUAAAAGAAAUUGAAGAAGACACAAACAAAUGGAAAGAUUGUUUGUGUUCAUAGAUUGGAAGAAUUAAUAUUGUUAAAAUGUCUAUAUUACCCAGAGAGAUCUGCCAAUUCAGUGCAAUUUCCAUCAAAUGAUAUUUGUCAUAGAAAUUGAAAAAAAACAGUGCUAAAAUUUGUAUGUAACCACAAAAGAUCUCAAAUAACCAAAGUAAUAUUAAGCAAACUAAACAAAACUAAAAACCUAAAACCCCAAAACUAAACCCUAAGCAAAACAAAACAGCAAUAAUAACAACAACAACAAGCAAAGCUGAAAACACCACACUACCUGACUUCAGAAUGUACUACAAAGCUACAGUCAUCAAACAGCGUGGUACUGGCAUAAAAACAGACACAUAGAUGGAUGGAACACAAUAGAGAGCCUGGAAAUAAAUCCAUGCAUUUAUGGUCAAUUGAUUUUUUUUUUUUUACAAAGGUGCCAAGAACACAAAAUGGGGAAAGGACAAUUUCUUCAAUAAAUGCUACAGGGAAAACUGGCUAUCCACAUUGAAAAUCAUGAAGUUAGAUCCUUAUCUUACACAAUAUAAAAAUCAACUCAAAAUAGAUUAAAGUAUGACCUGAAACCAUAAAACUACUAGAAGAAAGCAUAGGGGUAAAGCUCCGUGACAUCAGUCUGGGCAGUGAUUUUUUUGGAUAUGACCCCAAAAGCACAGGCAACAAGAGCAAAAAUAGAAAAAUGAGAUUACAUCAAACUGAAAGCUUCUGCACAUCAAAGAAAACAAUCAACAAAGUGAAGAGACAACUUAUAGAAUAGAAUAUAUUUGCAUAAACAUAAGGGAUUAAUAUCCAAAAUAUAGAAGUUCAAACAACUCAAUACCAAGAAAACAAAUAACCCAAUUAGAAUGUGUGCAAAGGGCCUGAAUAAACAUUUCUUAAAAGAAGACAUACAAUAAGUAUAUGAAAAUAAUGCUCAGUGUCACUAAUUAUCAGGGAAAUGUAAAUCAAAACCACAAUGAGGUAUCACCUAAUAGUUGUUAUAAUGACCAUUAAAAAAAAAUAUGGAAGAGCCAGGUGCAGUGGUAGACACUUACAACCCCAGUGACUCGGGAGGCUGUGGUAGGAGGUUCACAAAUUCAAGGCCACCCUGAGCACCUUAGAGAGACCCUGUCUCAAAACAAAACAAAACAAAACAAAAGGCUGGUGAUGUAGCUUAGUAGUUAGAGCACUUGCCUAGCAUGUGCAAGGCUCUGGUUUCCAUAUCCUAGUACCUGCCCUCCACCAAAAACAAAACAAAACAAAAAACAAAAAAAAAAAAGGAAGAUCAACAGUGUUGGUGAAGAGAUAAAAAUAAGGGGAGCCCUCACACACUCAUGGUGGUAAUAUAAAUUAGUACAUUCAUCAUAUGAUCCAACAAUUCUACUACUGGGUAUAUAUCCAAAAGAAAUGAAAUGUAUGGAAGAGACAUCUGCACUCCCAUGUUCAUUGCAGCGCUAUUUACAAUAGGCAAGAUAUAUGUCCACCAAUGGAUGAAUGGAUAACAAAUGUGGUAUAUACACAUGAUACAAUAAUAUUAAACCUUUAAAAAAAAAGGAAACCCUGCCUUUUGUGACAAUAUGGAUGAAUCUAGAAGACAUUAUGCUAAGUGAAAUAAACCAUUAAAUCAAACAGCCAUUUAGUCCACAAAAGACAUUAUUGUUGUUUUAUAACCAAAUUCAUUUAGAUUUCUCCUAUGUUUACUUUUUAAAUUACUUUUCAUUCCUUAAUUCCUUCCCAAGUUUCCAUUUGGGAUAAUGUCCUUCUGCUCUGAUAACACCCUUUAACAUGUCCUUUAGUAUGUGUCUACUAUUGAUGAUUUUUCUAGGUUAGUAGUUUUUUUUUUUUUUUUUUCUUUCAGUAGUUUGAAGAUACCAUGUUAUUGCCUACUGGCUUCCAUUAUUCCUGCCGGGAAAUAGCUGAAAAUUUUAUAUUUGCUUCUUUGAAGAAAAUUGCCUUUUUAUAAGUACUGAGGAUUAAACCAGGGUUGCUCUACCACAAGCCAUGUUCCCAGCCCUUUGUACUUAACCUUUUUAUUUUUUAUUUUGAGAUAGGGUCUCACUAAGUUGUUGAGACUCACCUUGAACUUGAGAUUCUCCUACCUCAGCCCCCCUUAGUAGCUAGAAUUAUAGAUGUGCACCACUGUACCUUAUUCUCUUUCUUUUAAAAAAUUCAGUUACUAUUUUGUGUUAGUUUGGUCUAUUUGGACUGCUCUAACAAAAUAUUAUAAACUCAGUGACUUAUAAACAAUAGGUAUUUAUUGCUGACAGUUUCAGAGGUUGGGAAUUUCAAGAUCAAGGCACUGACAGAUUUGGUGUUUUGUGAGGGUCUACUUCCUAGUUUAUAGAAUAGUACGUUUUUGCUGUAUCCUCACAGGAUGUAAGGGAUAAAAGUGUUCCCUUGGGACUAUUUUGUAAGGAAGCUAAUCUCAUUCAUGAAGGGAAUGUAUUCAUAAUUUAAUCACCUCCCAAAGGCCUCACUUCCUAAUAUCACCAUACUGAUAAUUUGAUUUCAACAUAUGCAUUUUGGGGAGACACAUUUAGCCCAUAGCAAACUUGUAGGUAUUUUCUCAGCAUCUGUUAUAUCUCUUUCAUACUUUUUUCUAUAUUUUGAUUUUCUUUUCCUCUCUGUACUUAUUCUAGAUAUUUUUCUGAUCUACCUUAUAAUUCAUUAAUUCUUUUUUCACCUUUGUAUAAUCUAUUAAACUCACCCAUUGAGUUCUGAGUAUCAUCUGCCAUACACACACACACACACACACAUACAUAUAUAUGUAUACACGUACAUAUAUGUGUGUAUCUAUAUGUGUAUAUAUAUGCGCAUAUAUAUUUUUUGAGAGGGGAUAACAGGAUCUCGUAAUGUUGCCAAGGCUGGUCUUAAACUUGUGAUUCUUCUACCUUAGCUUCCCAAGAAGCUGAGAUUAUAGGCAUGUGCCACCAUGUUUAUCACAUAUAUUUUUAUUUCCUUUGGUUCCUUUAUUUGUGGUGCUGGGGAUUGAAUCUAGGCAAGACUUUACCACAGAGCUACAUCCUAGCCCCUGGUUAUUUUUUUAGAAUAGUGCUCAGUUCUUUGUCAAAACUCAGAAUCAAAUAUUUUUUAAUUUAUUUUUUAUUCUACUUUGUUAUAUAUGACAGCAGAAUGCAUUAUAAUUCUUAUUACAUAUAUAGAGCACAAGUUUUCGUAUAUCUGGUUGUAUACAAAGCAUAUCUACACCAUUGGUGUCUUCAUACAUGUACUUAGGGUAAUAAUAUCCAUCUCAUUCCACCAUCUUUUUUUAAAAUAUUUUUUAUAGUUGUAGUUGGACACAUUACCUUUAUUUUAUUUAUUUAUUUUUAUGUGGUGCUGAGGAUCAAACCCAGCGCCUUGCAUGUGCCAGGCGAGUGCUCUACCUCUGAGCCAAAACCCAAGCCCCCAAAUCUUUUCUUUUUUGAAAGUAUUAAUCAUAAUUAUGUAAUAAUCUCCAUUUGAUAACAAUUAUCCCAAUCCUUGAGAGUGUGUUUCUAUUAUAUAUUGCAUAUCUUGAUCUUCUAUUACUUUGGCUGUUUCUUAAUGUCUUAUUAGUUUUGAUAGAAUAACAAAUAUUGUAUAUGAAAAAUUAUAGUAGAGAUUAUUUGAGGCCUCACUUAUUUUUAUCCAGAAAGGGUUCAUGCUUGAGAUUGAGAUACUAUGAAGUGGGCUUCAGGCCAAAUGAAGGUUGAUUUACCCUUCUUUUUAGCAUCUGUCCCUUCUAAAUUAGAACUCAAAGCUUAAGGGUUUUUCUAGCAUUCCCCUUCCUCAAUGUAUCCUGAAUUACAAUUUCUGUACUCUUAGCUUUAUGAAUCUGUCAAAAGCUUUGCUAUCUCAGCUGGCUCUUCUAUAAUCAGCCAGUGACUGUAACAGACUGUAACAGAAAAACAACUUCUCGGUGUUUUCUUUUUAUUCAACAUCUUGGCUCCAUAAUACUGCAUUGCUUUCUGUUUGCUUGUUUUGAGAUGGGGUUUCACUAUGUUGCUGAGGCAGGCCUCAAACUACUGGGUUCAAGUAGUCCUCCUGCCUCAGCUUCCCUGGCAGCUGGUAUUACAGAUUAUGUGCCACUCUUCUUGGCUGCAUUGCCUUUUAAUAAUGAUAUGACAUGUAAUUUAUGUCUUGCCCCAUUUUCUUGUGGUUUUCAGCAGGAAAUUUAGUUCAAAUUACUUAUGCAUUCGUUAUUAGAAACAGAAUCAGCUGAUUUCUUCAACAAAUAUAUAAUGAUCAUUUUUAUGUAUCAUGCACUGUACAAAGCAGUGGAGAUGUGACUGUUGAAUGGGUUAGAGGGGACUCCUGCAAUCAUGGAGGAUUGUAAACCUUCAAGUACAAUACAAAUUGGUGAUGCAAUGAUAGGGUUAAUAAUAGGAUGAUCUAGAGCACCUAACCCAAACAUUUGAAAUCAAGGAAAGAUUUUCUUGACAAACCAUUUCUGAGCUUGCUCCUGGAAAAUAAGUAAGAAUUAAGCAGGAUAAGACUGUUUUAGGCAGUAGGAACAUCAUGUGUAAUCACCUGGAGGUGAAAUAGAACAUGAUGUUUUCAGGAAACAGCAACUCAGUUUUAACAAAGCUACAGUUAUUAAGAUAGUAUGGGGCUGGGGAGGUGGCUCAAGCUGUAACGUGCUCUCCUGGAUCCUCAGCACCACAUAAAAAUAAAAUAAAGAUGUUGUAUCCACCGAAAACUAAAAAAUAAAUAUUAAAAAUUUCUCUCUCUCUCUCUCUCUCUCUCUCUCUCUCUCUCUCUCUCUCUUAAAAAAAAGAUAGUAUGGUACCAGCAUAAGAAUAGGCAUAUAGAUCAAUGGAACAGAAUUGAGAAUCCAGAAAGAAAUAAAUCUUACAUUAUAAUCAAUUGAUUUAUUGUUAUUAUGAUUCUCAGUAGUGGGGAUUGAACCCACUGGGCCUCGUGUAUGCUAGGCAAGUGCUUUGCCACUGGGCUAUUCCCAUGGCCUUUUAAAAUUUUAUUUUGCCUAGGUUGGCUGCAAACUUGUGAUCCUCCUGCUUCAGCUUCCCAUGUAGUUGGGAUUAGAGGUGUGAGCCACCACACAUGGCAAUUAAUUAAAUUUUUUAAAAAAAUAUUUUUUGUUGUAGAUGGACAUAAUACCUUUAUUUUAUUUAUUUAUAUGAUUCUGAGGAUUGAACCCAUUGCCUCACAUGUGCUAGGCAAGUGCUCUAUGAUUGAGCUACAAUCCCAGCACUCAAUUGAAUUUUGAAAAAAAGUACCAAGACAGUUUAUUGAGAGGAAAUAUCCUAUUCAACAAAUGGUGCUAAGAAAAGUGGAUAUCUACAUUCAAAUAGAUAAACUUAAGAAAUGUGCAGUAAUUGGGCAUAGUGGUGCAUAUCUCUAAUCCCAGCUACUUGGGAGGCUAAGGUAGUAGGAUCACAAAUUCAAGGCCAGCCUGGGCAUCUUAGUGUGACCCUGUCUCAAAAUAAAACUUAAAAAAGGGUUGGUGAUGUAGCUCAGUGGUAAAGUACUUGUCUAAUAUGUGCACGUUCUGGGUUCAAUCCUUAGCACUGCAAAAAAUAAAAUGGUAGUAGACGAAAUAGAUUUUGCUCAAAAGACAUAUAAGUGGUAAGUGAGUGUUUAGUAUCAGUAAUCAUCAGGGUUAUGGAAGUCAAACUACAAGGAGGUAUCACCUCACUCUGGUACGAAUGCCUAAUCUCAAGAAGAGUAAAUAUAGUAAGUACUGGUGAGAAUGUAUGAAAAAGGAAUCAUUGCACACUGUUGGCGGCAAUGAACAUUAGUCAGCCAUUAUGGAAAACAUUAUAUAAUUUCCUCAAAAAAUUGAAAAUAGAAUGAAAUACCAUUUCACAUCUGCUAGAAUUACCAUAAGGAAAAAGACAAUAAGAAGUGGAGAUGUGGAGAAAUGAGAACCCUCUUACAUUGCUGGUGGGAAUGUAAAAUGAUGUAGCUAUUUUGGAAAAUAGUUUGUUCCUUAAUAAGUUAACAUCGAAUUACUAUGACCCAGCAAUUCCAUUCCUAGGCAUAUACCCAAAGGAAUUGAAAACACAUUUUCACACAAGAACCUCUAUAUGAAUGUUCAUAGCAGUAUUAUUCAUAAUAGCCCCAAAGUGGAAACAACUGAAAUGUCUGAUGAAUAUAUAAACAAAGUGUGUAUAUUAUUCUAUACAAUGGAAUAUUUUUCAACCAUGAAAAGAAAUGAAGUAUAGAUACCUGUUACAACAUGGCUAAACCUAAAAAAUAUUAUGUUAAGUGAAAGAAGCCAGUAAUAAAAAAACAAAUUGUAUGAUUCCAUUUGUUUGAAAUGUCCAGAAUAGGCAAAUAUAUAGAUACAAAAUUAGGUAAGUGGAUGUCUGUGGUGAGUGUUGGGAAUGAGGGCACUUAAUGGGGAGAAUGAAAAUAUUCUAAAACUGAUUUACCACAGUCAGGGUGGUUAUCAUUGGACCCUGAAGGAAAGAAAAUAAUGUAAGAGUUAUCAUGAAGUUACACAAUUCAGUAAAUUUACUAAAAGACCACUGAUUUGUGUACCUAAAAAAAUUUGUUGGUAUAUGAAUUAUACAUAAAUAAAGCUAUUGUUUUAAAAAAGUGUCUGGCACAUAGAAAAUUAUGAAUAAAUGUGUAAAAUGUGUUGGUUGUUUAUGACUGGUACCUACCCUUACAGGAGAGAUAUAGAAGAGAAUCUUUAAGACCGUUUAUUCCAAUUACUCCAGAACUUUCUCCCUCUAAUAGAUGUAUCUAGAGUCCCAAACCACAAUCAACUCGAUCAGAUGCUUCAGGGAUGGUAGUCUAUUAGUGUAUAAUUUGAAAAAGCCCUACCAGUUUUUCUGGUGUGUACUCCAGAUUACAGAUCUGUGAUUUAUGGAAUUAUGAAUAGCCUAGAGUCAUUAGAGCCUAGAGUAUCUAUGUGGUCUACUAUAGUUUGAAUGUCCCCUCUAAAACUCAUGUUGAAAUUUAAUUGCCAUUCUGACAGUAUUUCAAAGUGGGACCUUUAUGAGGUGAUUAGGAAAUGAGGGCUCUGCUCUCUUGAAUGAAUUAACAUAAUUAUCAUAGGAGUGGGUUAGGUAUAUUGAGAGUGGGCUCCUAAUUAAGGGAUAAGAUGGGCUCCCAUUGUCUUUUUGUCUUACGUGCUCUUGACCUUCCACCUUGCAUAAUGGGAUGAUGCAGCAUAAAGGUUCUUCUCAGAUGCAGGAACCAUGCUUUUGUACUUUCCAGCCAUCAGAGCUAUGAUACAUAAAUUUAAUUUCUUUAUAAAUUACACAGUCUGUGGUAUUCUACUAUAACAACACAAAAUGGAAUAAUAAAGUGUCUGGUGGCUACUUGAACUAGAGUGAGCAGGAAUUGAGAAUCUUAGCUCAAAAUUGUUUCCCUUUCUCUUUUCCUUUUCCUCUUUCUUUCCCUCUCUCCUUUCUUUUCUCUUUCUUCCCCUCUUCCUCUCUUUCUGAUAGAAAUACCCAAUUCUCAUAUACUACUAAGAAUUAUUUUCAGAGUUGUAGGGUUAAAAUAUAUAUCAUAUCAUACAGAUCAUCUGUGAAAGAGGUUUUUUUUCUUUUGGUACUGAGGAUUGAACCCAGGGUGCUUUAUCAUUGAACUACAGCUCCAGCCAUUUUGUUUUUUAUUUUGAGACAGAGUCUCACUAAGUUGCUGAGGCUAACCUUAAACAUUUUAUCCUCCUGGCAUAGCUCCUAAACUGCUGGGAUUAUAGGCAUGUGCCACUGCACCUGGCUGAGAGUAGUUCUUUACUAGGGGUGCAUAUUAGUCUUGGCUGGAGAACUUUUUCAAAAACACACGUCUCUGGUUAUACCCAGACAUACAUCAUCAGAGUAUUUACAAUGGGAUCAUGGGCAUAUAUAGUUUGGAAUAAAGUCUUCUCAGAUGAUGCUAUUUCUCAACUUCAUUUGAGAACUACUCUAAAGGAAGAAAUAAAAGAAGAGUAUAAACAAGAUAAGAUUCUUUCCUUGCACCUAAUUUCAGUUUCCCUUUUACAGAUUAUUAAGUCUUUAUUAUCUGUAAUUACCGAACCUACCUUUGAAAACCAUUGACCCAUGAACUUGAGUGGUAGUUUAUGCUUAAUAAACAUUUCUGUGGAAUACUACUUGGAAAAUCAAUUCAUAAACUCUGUGUCUUUUGGGGAGAGAGGAAAUAGAUUUCUGUUGUCAGUUCUUCAGCCAGAUGAUAGUGCUGUAUGCUUGGAGUAGCCAAGAGAGAGGGUGGUUCCCUGUCUUUUAUAGCAUCCUAGGGACUUCCCUGCUGCUAGCUGCCGAAACCACUUUAAAAUAAUAGGUUGCUGAGUAAUUUUCUCCAUGUACAUCCACCUGUCAAUGGGCCUGCACUUCAGACUUGAAGAGUAAUUUUUAUUGGAGUGAUGGCAGAUAGCAGGGGUUGAAACCAGACAGCCACAAUGAAAUUGAUUUUUAAAAGGAGAUUACUUUUGAAUUUUAUUUUGUGGUUUGUGGAUCGUUAUUCUUAUUUAAUUCUGCCACACCAAUGGCCUACAAGGGCAGUAAAAGCUUGAACAUUGCUAAGAGUUUUAGAUCAGUCCAAAAGGCUGUGUGCCUAGAAGCAGUGAAUGAUUCUAGAACACUUUUGCUAUAUUGUCUAGAUGCUUAAGAUGGGGAAGAGUUUCUUACAUAAGGAAGUUGGUCUAUUUUUUUCUCCACUGUACUGGGAAUUGAACCCAGGGACACUCUACUACUGAACUACACUGCCAGCCCUUUUAUUUUUUAUUUCAAGACAAAGUCUUUUUUUUUUCCUAAGCUCUUAUAUGUUUUUUUUUUCUUUUUUUAUUAUUAGUUGUUCAAAACAUUACAAAGCUCUUGACAUAUCAUAUUUCAUACAUUUGAUUCAAGCAGAUUGCUAAAUUGCCAAGGCUGGCCUUGAACUCAUGAUCCUCCUGCCUCAGCCCCUCAAGUCACCAGGAUUACAGGUGGUGCUGCCAUGCCUGGUUUGUGAUGUUGAUUUUUAAUGUUCUCUUACACCACUCCCUUUCUUUCUGUUCCUACUGAUACCACUCUCAUUGUUUAGCUUAGAUAAUCUUUAAGUUCUCUCUCAACCAAGGAAAUCUGAUUCUUUCACAGCUCCUUAUUAUCUCUGACCUGCAGUGGCUAUAUAGCUGAGAAUUGCUUUGUUCUUUACUUCAUAAACACACCUCAGCUAGACUGUUGUUUUUAAGUGCCACGGAGUCAUGUCAUUCCCCUCCUCAGAAAUCUUUGCUAUGUCCCCAAUUGCUUAUAGAAUGAAAUUCAAUAUUCUUUGUUUGUGGAGAUAGGCUCUUGCUAUGUUGCUUAGACAGGCCUGAAACUCCUAGGCUCAAGCAGUCCUUCUGCCUCAGCAUCUCAAGUAAUUAGGACUACAGGUCUGUGCUACCACCCCACUUAAGUUCAAAAUUCAUUUUUUCUUUUUCUCUUUUUGCUUUCCCUCCCCCACCCCAGUACUGGGGAUUGAACUCCAGACCUCACACAUGCUAGGCAAGUAUUCUACCACUGAGCUGCAUCUCCAGUCUUUUGCCCAGGCUCUUCACAAAGUUGCAGUCCUCCUUCCUUGUUCCCAAAAAGUUAGGAUUAUAAGUGUGUGCCACUGCAACCAACUCAAACUUCUUAAACUGGCCUUCUGAUUAUCUGUGAAUUCAUAUUUGCACUGUUCUGCCAUUCUUUUAGUUUCUCUCUGUUUAGUCCUGUUUCAUCCAGAUUGGUACACUGACAGACCUAUUUCCCAAAGUUGAAUAUCCUCCCUUGCAACCUGUCUCUUGGAGCUCUCCAAGACCUUCAAAACUCAACUUAAACCUUAACCACUUAGUAAAUUCUUCCUGACCCAUUAAUCUGUCUCAUCACUUUUCUAAACCCCUCAUUUGGCACCACUUUGCUGUAGAUUAUCUUGUUACCUUAACUAAGAUGGUAAUAUUUUUGAAGGCAGAGACCAAGACUUUAUACUUCUUUGUAUCUCCUAUACCUGUAACAGUAAUCUGUCCUUUUGUUAAAUACCUAAUUGAAUCUGAUAUUUCCCCCCAUAUUGGACUCUAAGACACUGUUGUACACAUUGAAUGUGGGGGAAGACAUCAUGCUACUUUAAAGUAAUUAUUAAUAAGAUUCUUUCUUAUGGCUUCUUUAUUUAGAGACCUGCUUAAAGCCAGGUAUUCUUACAGGAAGUAUAUUGGACUCUGGAGCCUCCUCCCCUACAUUGUUCUCCUUCAGAUCUUUAAAAGCAUUCCAUGUUGCAGAUAUUCAUAUUCCACUUUGACAUACUAUUAUACUUAUUGAUUUCCUCAGUGUAUCAAGUCCUUGCCUUUACAAUGUCAUUGGUAUUCAUUUCUCCCUGCUGUCUGAAGGUACCUCAAUUUUUUGGCCUUCAAAUUCCAAUUGAUUUGCCAGGUUUUAAGAGGCUCCAUACUUAAGUUUCAUUUUAGGUUACAGGUUUCUCACUAACUCCUAUUAGAUAUCAGAGAUCUCUAACCUUCUUUGCAUUCUUAACAAUAUCUCAUUAGAAAUGAGUCAAUAUGAGGGACUGAGAUUAUGGCUCAGUGGUAGUGCACUCGUCUGGCAGGUGUGAGGCACAGGGUUCGAUCCUCAGCACCACAAUAAAGAUAAAUAUGUAUUGGGGCGAUCUACAAUUUAAAAAUAUUUUUUAAAAUAAAAUAUUUCUAAAUAUUUUUAAAUAUUAAAUAUUUUUCAAUUUAAAUUAAAAUAUUAUAU